CAAAUGUUGAUCUACAUAGCGAACGUUUAGUGCGAUCGAAAAUAAAUCACGAAAAUGAAAACAUCGGUAUUAAGAUGAAUAUUGCGCCGUUCCUAACGUUGUUUAUUGUUACUGUUUUGGGCCAAGAAGAUGAGGAUGGUCCGUACCGUGGAAAAUUUCUCGGAAAAUUAAACUCCUACCAUCAUCAGGUCGCUGGGGAUGUUUACGCAGUAAACGAUUGGACUUUACUGUUGACAUCGUUCAGUUACGAUGGAAAUGGAGCUGAUACGUUCUUCUGGGCGGGCGCCGCCAAUAGACCAGGACCUCAAGGAUUCAUAGUACCAGAUUCUAACGGGAAGACAAACGUACUCGAACGAUAUUUCAACAAAGACUUCACCCUAGUGUUGCCGGACAAGAAGAAAAUAACGGACAUCAAAUGGUUCGCCAUCUACGACAUUUGGAGCCAGAACACCUUCGGGGACAUUUCCAUCCCCGAAGGCUUCGAACCGCCGACGGUUCAGAAAGUCUCCCCGCUGGUGGGAAAAGUGCACGGCAUCACGACCGAGUCCGUUGAAAUUUUGGACGCCAAACGGAUCAGACUGAAUCAGUUUUCGUACGAUGGAAAAGCCAAGGAAGCUUUCUUUUGGGUGGGAGUGGGCGCUCAGCCCGUUUCCAAAGGAUUCGUCGUCCCGGACGAAUACGGAUAUUUGGAUCCAUUGAGGGCUUACAAGAACAUGACAAUCACAUUGGAAAUUCCAGGAGAUAAGACCGUAUUCGAUAUAGACUGGUUCAGUAUAUUCGAUCACGACACCAAGCAAAGCUUCGCAUCCAUUAUUAUACCAGAAGCCCUCAACGUUCCACCAUCGCUCAUAAAAAUAAUACCACACAAAAACGACUUUGCGAAUUGCCUGCAGCUCCACAAGAACCUCCAAGUCUCCUGGAACGUCUUCGGGCCUUCUAUAUUAAUCCAAUUGGCUGGGCAAGUGGGCGAAGACGAGUACAUGUCCUUCGGCAUAUCAGGCGCGAGCGAUAAGAGCCAAAUGAUAGGGGGAGACGUAGCAGUGGCGUACAUGGAGGGAUUUAGAGGCAUCGCUACAGAUUAUAAUAUUACAGCUCUAACACCUUGCGUUAAAGUUUUGGGACAGUACAAAGGGGUGUGUAGAGACGAUGUACUGGGAGGUCAGGAUAAUAACCAAAUUAAUAAUGGCAUAAGAGAGAAUGGAAUAAAUAUCAUUUCGUACAGAAGGGCCCUUAUUUCUCCUGACGCAGGCGAUAAGGAAUACCCAACAGAUAGUCCCAUGUACGCCAUUUGGGGAAUAGGCAAAUUAGACGAAAGGAAAGAGCCCGCUUUCCACGACUUAUAUACCAAGACUGAUAUUAAAAUUGAACUAACGCCAAAAGAACCUCAGAACAACUGCUUCUCCUUCACCAGAACCAAACCGGAACCUAGGGAAGCGUGGAAGAAGGGGCAAAUAUUCGAUAAGACCAUUAGAGUUUUCAAUUCUUACAUAGGACCUUCGGGCGGUAAAAGAGGAUAUCAAGCCAUUACGGGACGCCCAUCCACAGCCCUAGCAUGGUACAUAAACGGUCUGCUAGCCCCCGAAAUAUGGCUCAGAAGAGGCCUCUCCUACGCAUUUAAAGUGUACGGCGGCAACAACCCUCACAGCGCCGAAUAUUACCACCCCUUCAUUAUCACUGACGAACCCCACGGUGGGUUUGACGGCCUUUCGGACGAGGCCCAAUCGAAAAUAAGGGUCUUGGUGGGUGUGGAGUAUUCGAGAAGAGGAAGGCCCAGACCUACAACAUCUGGACCUCUGUGCUUGUCCGAGCACAGGCCGACUCAGGACAGACGGCUGGACGAUGAUUUCGAGACGUUCAAAAAGUUCAACCGUUCGUUGAUUUACCACUGCGAAAAAGGCGAGCCCGGAGUCCUGGAAUUCACACCGAACACGUCCUGGCCCGAUACGGUUUACUACAAUUCGUUCACGCAGGCGAACAUGGGCUGGAAAAUCCAUAUAGUCGACAGUUUCAAUCAGAGAAUUAGUUCCGCCGGUGGACAUUUGCUUAUAAGUGAAUUGUUGAUAAUGUCGUGCGUUUGUUUGUUAAUGAGCAAUUUGUAAAAGCUUGUUUAUUUAAAGAGAAGGAGAUGCGAGAAAAGUAUUUUGGCGAAAAAUAUGUAAAUUAAUUUGCACGAUUUAUUUUAGGUACCUAGAAAACGCUCCAAUAGCGUUAGAAUAAAUUGCUGCAAUAUUGCAUUGCAGUUUUUAUACAAGCGUUAAUAAAAUUUAUCGUAUCGCAUACUUGUGAAAACUACUCAUUUGAACGCUUGUAUUUCAACUGCAAUAUAUUGCACCGUGUCAAAACGCUCUAAUACUCUCGAACAAAUUUGUAAUUGUUGAUUAAAUGAAGCUAUUUAUUUUAUUUCCUGUUUUUAUGACUACUUUUACUUAUUGGAAUGGAUAAGACGGUGUAAAAAUAAAACAUCCCGAUCCGUUUCUCGUUUUUG